AUGGGUGUCUACCGCAUCCGCGUGUCCACUGGGUCCUCGCUCUUCGCGGGCUCCAACAACCAGGUGCAGCUGUGGCUGGUGGGCCAGCACGGGGAAGCCAAGCUCCGGGGGCGCCUGUGGCCGGCGCGGGGCAAGGAGACUGAGUUCCAGGAGGACGUGAAGGAGUACCUAGGGCCGCUGCUGUUCGUGAAAAUUCGCAAAAAGCAAUUACUACAGGAUGACGCCUGGUUCUGCAACUGGAUCUCCGUGCAGGGCCCUGGGGCCAGUGGGGACGAGUUCCGGUUCCCGUGCUACCGCUGGGUGGAGGGCAGUGGCAUCCUGAGCCUCCCCGAGGGCACAGGCCGCACGUUGGUAGAGGACCCUCAAGGCCUGUUCAAGAAACACAGGGAGGAGGAGCUGGAAGAGAGAAGGAAGCUGUACAGAUGGGGUAACUGGAAGGAUGGGUUAAUCCUGAAUGUGGCUGCGGCCAAUUUAUGUGACCUCCCGCAAGAUGAGAGGUUUCUGGAAGACAAGAAAGUUGACUUUGAGACUUCACUGGCCGUGGGGCUGGCCAAAUUAGCUGUCAAAGACUCUCUAAAUGUUCUUGCUCGCUGGAAUGAUCUGGAUGACUUCAACAGGAUCUUCUGGUGUGACCACAGCAAGUUGGCUGAGAAGGUGCGGGACUCCUGGAAGGAGGAUGCUUUCUUUGGGUACCAGUUUCUCAAUGGCGCCAACCCCAUGCUGCUAAGGCGCUCUAGUCGCCUUCCUGCCCGCCUAGUGUUCCCUUCUGGGAUGGAGGAGGUGCAGGCCCAGCUGGAGCAGGAGCUGCAGGGAGGCACGCUGUUUGAAGCUGACUUCUCCCUGCUGGAUGGGAUCAAGGCUAACGUCAUCCUAUGUAGCCAGCAAUACCUGGCUGCCCCUCUGGUCAUGCUGAAACUGCAGCCUGAUGGGAAACUCUUGCCCAUGGUCAUCCAGCUCCAGUUGCCACGCACGGGAUCCCCACCACCACCACUUUUCCUGCCCACGGAUCCCCCGAUGGCAUGGCUCCUGGCCAAAUGCUGGGUCCGUAGCUCUGACUUCCAGCUUCACGAGCUUCUCUCUCAUCUUCUGAGGGGACAUUUGAUGGCUGAGGUUAUCGCUAUGGCCACCAUGAGAUGCCUUCCAUCGAUACACCCUAUCUUCAAGCUGAUAAUCCCCCACAUUCGAUACACCCUGGAAAUUAAUGUGCGGGCCAGGACUGGGCUGGUCUCCGAACAUGGCGUUUUUGACCAGGUGGUGAGCACCGGUGGUGGAGGCCACGUGGAGCUGCUUAGGCGCGCUAGAGCCUCUUUAACGUAUAGAUCAUUCUGUCCCCCUGAUGACCUGACUGACCGGGGGCUUCUGGGAGUCAAGUCUUCUUACUAUGCUCAGGAUGCUCUGCGGCUCUGGGAAAUCAUGUAUCGCUAUGUGGAGGGAAUUGUGAGUCUUCACUUUAAGACGGACAAGGCGGUGAAAGAGGACCUUGAACUGCAGACCUGGUGUCGAGAGAUCACUGAAAUUGGCCUGCUAGGGGCCCAGGACCAAGGAUUUCCCAUGUCCUUAGAGUCCCGGGAGCAGCUUUGCCACUUUGUCACCAUGUGCAUCUUCACCUGCACUGGCCAGCACUCUUCUGUUCACCUGGGCCAGCUGGAUUGGUAUGCUUGGGUCCCUAAUGCACCCUGCACAAUGCGGCUGCCCCCACCGACCACCAAGGAUGUGACACUGGAGACGGUGAUGGCAACACUGCCCAACUUUCAUCAGGCUUCUCUCCAGAUGUCCAUUACCUGGCAACUGGGCAGACGUCAGCCCAUUCGUGUUCUUCUGGGCCAGCAUGAGGAGGAGUAUUUUUCAGGCCCUGAGCCCAAAGCUGCGCUGAAGAAGUUCAGGGAGGAGCUGGCUGCCCUGGAUAAGGAAAUUGAGAUCCGGAAUGCAAAGCUGGAUAUGCCCUACGAGUACCUGCGACCCAGCAUAGUAGAAAACAGUGUGGCCAUAUGAGCACCCCGGCCUGUGGUUGUUCCAGCAUCUCUUCCCCCCAAACCCCAGCCCCAUCCCUUAGAGCUUUCAGUGUUCCUCUCCCCAGCCAUGCCCCCUUCUAUCUCCUCCCGCCCUAGAGAGUCACCUUUUCUCUGUGUCUGUCCACAAUGAACACAUUUUACUCUAGACUCACCACCUAGGGGCCUCAUCUCCCCCUUAUUCCUCCCACUUUUCCUAUUGUCCUCCCCUCCUCCCUCUUCAUUGGGUUCUCCCAAAGGGCAGUAGUAGUCACACUUAUAGAAACUGUUUCUUUGGAUUAGGGCAAUAAUACAUAUUACUCCACAUGUUUAUAAUUUUGAGUUUAACAAUAAAAAAGAUACUUUAGAUUAAUGAAAGAAAAGAAAUUAGAUAAAACUAUCCUAAAUCAAACACUGGCAAAAGAGUAUAUAGCAUGUCUUUUUAACUCGGUGGGAUUUAACACAUCCUGCAGCCAGACACAACACAGGGCAGACCAUUAACAUGGCAAUUCUCACUUUUUGGCUCACUUAGAAAAUGGUAAGUGGAAGUAAAGUGGUUAAACCAAGAAGCUUCUCUCAGCUGGAAGGAUUUGGCCUUGGGGCUUCAGGCUGAGGGGUCCAUACUUAUAAUCCAUUUGCAGUUCACCAGCCAGGAGGCUCAAAAUAAAAAUAAUGAACUGGAAAGAUAGUAAAAAUCUCAUGGUUAUUUUAAUAAGUGACA